AUGGCCGCACCUGCCGACAGUGGCAUUGAAGCUGAAGAUGAUCUCAUUGCCAGGGAUUUUUCGUGCAAUCCCACGCAGGCGGACUGCUGGUCUGACGGUUACAACGGGGUACCCGUCGGCUCUUUCUCCUUUAUCCUAGACUACAUAGAUAGCUGCUCGGUCACGAUCAAAACGCAGGAGUACCCUAACAAAGGGAGAGUAUACAAGCUCGAUAGCAACGGGACGGUCGGUUGCGAAUCGAAAUUCCCCUGGGUCCUCUCGAUCAGUCUGAGCAACUGGUUCAAUCCAGACUAUUGCGAAAGCGGCGACCUUGCAUCCGGGCACGGGGUGCUCGAUGUGGCGUACUACGCCAACGAUACGAUCGAUUUGGGCAAGAACCCGCACGACCUGAGAUGCAGUGGUGUGGGAUCUGGUGGGUUACCGGACAAGAUGUAUCGUUCCCGUAUACGCUCCGUCCUGAGUCAAUGGUGGGUGUUAUCAGGAUUUGUUGAGAGGCUGGCUGGUGAAAUCCAGAUGUAG